AUGAUACCCUGGAUGCGGGAGAAGUUCAACGAGAAACGGGCCAAGUGGUUAGCGCGUAGCAAGCGCAGCGGUGGUUCUCCGGCUGACGAAAGCCCUCGGAGCAGCAGUCAUAGCCACAGCCAGCGGACAGACGCCAGCGAUGCGGAGAGCCUGAGCGGAUCCUCUUUGAAUGUCCACACGGCGGAGUCUGAAACGCAGACGGAUGGCGGGAUAUCCGCUUCCAAUUCGCGGCCUCUUGUGGGCGGGGGCAGUUGCGUCCUAAGGACUCCAUCGCCCGCUCGCCGACGUCGCAUUCACCUGGAGCUACAGCUGCAGCGACGAGAGGAACGUGCAGAGCAUCAGAAGGCGGUGCCACAGGACUCGCCAACGCCCACUCACCAACAGCAGGCCAAUGGUUUGUUUCUCAGGAAAUCAGCCCAUACAAAUCGACCAGGCAGCUCUACUUCUGGUGAGGCAGACGAUGCCAGCAGGCCAGGUGAAUCUAUUCUCGUGCGGGUGAUCUGCCCCAGCUCUCGGGUUCUUAUCUUCAAAACGGACGUUAAUAAACGCCUAAACGAGCUGAAGAGUGAGGUGAUUCUGGAACUGAGCGACGAUCCCGACUCCAUCCAGCUAUUUGCCCCAGAUGUGCGGCAUCUUAAUCCGCGAUACCGUCUCUAUCGAGCGGAAUACUUCGGCGGCGAGCUUAACGAGGGCGAUACGCUGGCCCAGCUAAAAGUUCGCAACAAUGAGACAUUUAUACUCUCCCCUCGACGCAAUACUCUGCCGCAGACUGUUUCCCGAAUUCGUGAGGUUCCUGGCCCAAAUGAGCAGCUGGUGGAGAGCGCCACCCGAUACGUGCCCGUCAAUUGCAACCAGCUGCCCACCAUCGAUAUUAAUGAAAUCUUUCAGCAGUCGAAUAUCCAAUACGAUGUGCGAAAGGUGUUGAUCUCUUUGGCUCAGGCUUCUGCGGCGGUUAUAGGAGCUGGGCCCUAUGCUCCACGCCUGAUAGCUAUGCUAAAGCAACGUUUGAUCAAUCGCCGAAAUCAGCAAGCGGAUACGCUCCAAUGCCUCGUCGACAUGGGCUUCAAGCGGGAGCUAGCCGCAUUUGCCUUGAAAGCACACAAUGGCAUUUACUCGACCACGAUGGAGUGGCUAAUACAGAACCAAAACGAGGAAAACCCACAGGAGCCGCCGGGCAUGAACAUGCAGCACAGUCUAUCUUCCAUCUCACCCUCCACGAUUGUCACCAAUAAUGAAACCAUUGAAAACACUGCUGCCUUGAUUGAGAUUGUACGAAUCUACAGCCACCGGGAUUCACCUCCCAGCGAUGAGAUUGUGGAAUCGCUUACAGAAAUGGGCUUCGAGGAGACGGCAGUGCUUGCGGCGCUGAAGAAAACUGGCAACAACAAGGCGUCCGCGUGCGAAUGGUUGUGCGACAAUCGAUCGGGUAGCGUUAUUGAACUGCGUGAAGGCUUGGCGCCCGAUUCGCCCAUCCUAAAGGUGAUCCUGGAAAUGCCACAAGUCCAGAUGACCCUAAGCAAUCCAAAGACUUUUUUGGCAUUUCUGGGCAUCCUGGAAAACGAACAUGCGAUACGCGUGUGGCGUGGCGACAACGACACAACCUCGGUCAUCACACAUAUCCUGCAAAAGUACCAUGAGGAGAAGCAUGUGCUUGGCAUCAAUCAGUUCUACACGAACCGCUGGUGAAAGAUGCCGCUAAGUGGCUUUACUAUGAGAUUAACCAAAUUAUAUUUAUACAUAUACAUACACAAAAAACACACCCGAAGUGCAUGGCUGUAGCUUGGUCCAUUUUGGGGCCCUAAUUAUACAUUGUGUAUGUGCCCGUAUGUAAAGAGUAUUUUUGUAGCCAAAAACCAUGAAAGUAAACUGCACAAAGCCAAAGAUGCAAUCGCUUCGCCAAGAGCACGCGGCUGCACUCUACAAACGCUUACCGAUCAGUACGAAUUGCAUUUUAUACAUAUACAUAUAUACAUAAAUAUAAAUUGUAACUAGAUCUAGCCAGGCCUUCAUCCUACAAUUGUAUUAGGUUAAACAAUAAUAACUCUAUUCAUCUAGUUUGCUAGCUCAUCUUCAGCCGAAUCUCGCACUACAUUUAGAAAAUGUCACAUACUGCAUCCCACAGAAACAUCCCAUCAGUUUAUAAGCGAUCGUACUUGUGGUGAUUUCAGUGCGUUGUAAUCCCAGGUUGUUAAACCAUCAACUUGAACUCAAAGUAUUAUUUUGUAAACCAAAUAUUCAAAUUUGCAUAG